AUGAACGUUUGUAGACUAACUAUAUGAGGGAAUAAUUUUUGAAAAUUAUAGAUGCAACUAGCAAAAACUUUAUCGAGUUACAAUGGGAAAGUGACUGCUGUCUACCAUACCACUGGGCCCGUGCUGUUUCCUCGUCCCAUUCGAUACUUUACAGAACGUGUACAUCUAACUGUUGGGUUCUGAAACUUAACUCUGUAGUUCACAAGGUAAUUUAAUAUUUUUCUUCAUAAAAAACACAAGCUCCUUCUCGUUCAAUAGCUGUAACAACGCGUUUCCAGUAUGGUGUAUUGCUUGCAAGUGCAUCCGUCUUCCGUCACUUUCUUCUUAGUGACUUAAAAUGGAAUAAAUCGAGCUGUAAAUCUAUGGUUUCAUCGCUUGUAGGUCCUUGGAGCUUAGAAACUCGUUCGUUGUUUAAACUUCAUUCUGUAAUUUGUUUUGAACUGUGGUUUUUAGCAUGCAUUAACUUUAGCUGUCAGCUUCCUGUUGUACAAUGAUAAUAAUAGUAAGUUAAAGCCUGUGGGCUGUGUCGUAUGUUUAUUAAUAAAAUAUUGUGAAUGCAAAAUUUGUGUACAUUGCUUUUCCUGCUACCUUAUCGAUUAUUAUUAGUUCGUAUUUUCUUCGUUUUGCCUGUAUUAUUUUUGUCAACUGGCUUACAAGUAGUGUCGUGUGUUUAAUGAAUGCCACUAUUGUUGUUAUUAAUAGUUACAUUAGUCAUUGUUAAUUAAAUAAUACAUAAAUAAUAUUUAGUGCAUCGUUCACAGAUUCUUGGAUAAGUUCGAGUAAGUUAAAUGUAUAAAUUAGCAGCCAUAUAUAAUGGGGAAUAAAUGAGCGGAAUCUAUAAAGUCUAUUAAGGUCAUUGGUUCAAAAUCCCAGUCCGGCCAAAAUUUAGAAGUAAAUCGAACGAAAAGAAAUCAAGCCGUCAAAAUUUGAUAUACCUGCCCCGUCAAUAUUACUGUAGUUUUUGCAGUUGGUGAGAUCUUGUAAUCAGUUUUAUGAUCCAUUUAUUACUUUAAGAUUUUUGUUCCAAAGCUGGACGCUUCAAUACAUGUUCAGUUGAUCUAAAUCGUAUCCAAUCAGAACUUAAUCGAAUCUAAUAAGCUAAGCCUGAUUCGUUACAUAUCUAACUAUGUUUUGUAUUGCAUCGGUAGAUGCCUGUCGUAUAACAGAGCGAGAUACAAACCCAUAAACUAUAAGGAAUUAAGUGUACGUUCCUAUCUCGGCAAUAUGUUGGCGAAGAUUCUUAGGCUGUUGAACUGAGUCGAAUUAAAAUAAGCAUGAUUGUAGCCUUUACUUAAAGCUUUACUAAUCUAAAAGACCACAAGCCGAGUUAUGCGUCUCAGCUGUAGCUCAAAGGAUAAGCUUAGCAUUGUCCCCGACGUGGACGCAUGCGGAACCGCGGUUCUGGGCGAGUCUCCGUGGUAUAUAUUUUUUGUCCAGUGCUCACCCAGGCGUUAAGUGCAAGAUUUAGCAGCGCGGCACCAGUGCAAACAGCUGUUUCUGCGCGAUCAAAAGCCAGGAUCACUGACAAGAUGAGCUCUCAUUGAUUCCUCCUCUGGGCUGUGUUGCCAGUGCCCCUGGAAGUGCGCCCUGAUCCAUGGCUUCUAGAUCAGUGUCCAGCUCUGGACUGGAGGUCAACCCCAGCAGUCAGCCGUCAAGAGAGUCUUUCAAAAUGGACCAAGUGCCUGAUAUGCCCCUUUUGCCUGGGGAGGAGAGGGUGAUAGACAAAGAGAUCAUCUACAUGUGUCCCUUCAGCGGGGCCCUCAAGGGGAAAGUCUUCAUCACCAACUACAGACUCUUCUUUAAGAGCACGGACAUGGAGAACAAAUCGAUCCUUGAUGUACCUCUGGGGGUGAUCAGUAGAAUAGAGAAGGUGGGUGGGGCUACAAGUCGCGGAGAGAACUCCUACGGGCUUGACAUCACCUGCAAGGACAUGAGGAACCUGCGCUUUGCUCUGAAGCAGGAAGGUCACAGCCGGAGAGAUAUGUUUGACAUCCUGUUCCGCCAUGCAUUUCCCCUGUCAUCUAACCAGAGUCUGUUUGCAUUCUUAAACCGGGAAAAGUUUGAAGAGAAUGGCUGGGAUAUCUAUGACCCAGUGCAGGAGUUCAGCAGGCAGGGCUUGCCCAAUGAGACAUGGAGAAUCACCGCAAACGAACUGUGCGAGACGUACCCCUCUAAGCUGGUAGUUCCCUACAAGGCCACCGACGAAGACCUGCGUAAGGUGGCUGCUUUCCGCUCCCGCAGCCGAAUCCCGGUGCUGUCAUGGAUCCACCCGGAGAACCAGGCAGUGAUUGUGCGCUGCAGCCAGCCUCUGGUGGGCAUGAGCGGGAAGCGGAGCAAGGAUGACGAGCGGUACCUGGAGCUCAUCCGGGAGGCGAACGGUACCAGCAGGCUGACUAUCUUCGAUGCUAGGCCAAACGUCAAUGCUGUGGCCAAUAAGGCCACAGGUGGCGGGUAUGAAGGUGAGGACUCUUACCAGAAUGCUGAUCUGGUAUUCCUCGACAUCCACAACAUCCACGUGAUGAGGGAGUCCCUGAGGAAGCUGAAGGAUAUUGUCUAUCCCAAUGUGGAAGAGUCCCACUGGCUCUCCAGCCUGGAAUCGACGCACUGGCUGGAGCACAUCAAGCUGGUGCUGGCAGGGGCUAUCCAGGUGGCAGACAAGGUGUGGUCGGGCAGCUCGGUGCUGGUGCACUGCAGCGAUGGCUGGGACCGGACUGCACAGCUCACCUCCCUGGCCAUGCUGAUGUUGGACGGGUAUUACCGCACGCUGAGGGGAUUCCUGGUCCUCGUGGAGAAGGAGUGGCUCAGCUUCGGCCAUAAGUUUGCCUCCCGUAUUGGCCAUGGGGACAAGAACCAUGCUGAUGCUGAUCGUUCCCCCAUCUUUGUGCAGUUUAUUGAUUGUGUCUGGCAGAUGACCAAGCAGUUCCCCACAGCCUUUGAGUUCAAUGAGCGCCUCCUAGUGGUUAUUCUGGAUCAUCUCUAUAGCUGUCGCUUUGGCACCUUUCUCUUCAACUGUGACAGCGCCCGCAAUGCCCAUGAGGUGAAAACCAAGACUGUGUCCCUGUGGUCCCUCAUCAACAGUGAACAGGCCUCCUACAUCAACCCCUUCUAUGCUAUAGAGAAUGGCCGUGUCCUGUACCCUGUGGCUAGUAUGCGCCAUCUAGAGCUUUGGGUGACUUACUAUAUUCGGUGGAACCCCAGGGUCCGGCAUCAGCAUCCAAAUCCAAUGGAGCAGCGCUACAUUGAGCUGCUGGCACUCAAGGCCCAGUAUCUGAAAAAGCUGGAGGAGCUGCAACUGGCUGACACUGCUGUUCUCCUUUCCAACAGCUCUGCCCCGCCCACACACCUGGCCAAUAGCUCUGCCUCGCCCACGCAGCUGGUUACACGCUUGAGCACUUCAAUGUGAUUUCAUGUCGUUCAUCAGCUAGAGAUUUGUACAUAGCAAUAACUAUAGUAAUUAACUACGUUAUUACCAUGAUCAGUGCGGAAUAGUUGAGGAAAGUCUAGUAUGUAGCAGUGCUCAAUUUUGCAAUGAUUUGGCUACCAUAAAGAAGCUUGGCAAUGUGUUUUUCUAAAUGCAUAAGCUUGUAGGGGAAAAUAAUAAACCAUCUUUAUUUUAUCGUGGUACUCAAGCUUCGCUUUUCAGAAAGCCUCUUCUCAUCCUUGCACUCCUUGGUCUAGAACAUGCUGUGCGACCGGCCAUCAGGAAAGCUAGCUAAUCCACAGGUUAAAUUCAGGGCAUUUUGGCCUGAAGCCCAUGUGUAGCCUUAAAGCAGUGUAUUCAUUUUAAUCAAGUUACUGUAACUGGAGCAAUCACUGAAGAACCAGGGCCGGUACCAGCCACAGUGUAGAAAUAGGUUGCACUGGUCUAUGCCAACUGUCUCUUGUUGAUAACAGUUGUUUUUAUACUUGUUUUAAUCCAGUGCCACAGCUCUCUAAAGGGAAUCUCUUAUUACAUUUCCUGCACCUAUCUUCACAGGACAGCUAUCUUCCCCUUGCCAGAAGCACUUCCUGGGCACAGAGUCUACAUAGCUCUGUGGAAGGGGCGUGCAAUCAAACACACAUGUCAAGAUGCAUCUUUUACUUAGCAAUGACUGGGGGAAUGGCUCGUCAGGAGUGGAGUUGUUUUGGUGUCUGGUGAGAGUUAGGGGAGGCUUCUGAGCUGCUUGAGGCCUUGAGUUGCAGUCACUGUGCUUCUGGAAGAAGGGCCAGGAUAAAUGAUUAAUUCUCCCUCAGUGCCUUAAAUGCCCAAGGUGCUCCACAGGUGAAUAUCCUGUCCUCGGCAGAACAGUUACCUAUUUGUUGUAUGUACCUAAUGUGUCUUAGAUGAGGCCACUUAUAAAACUGGUUUGAGUGCGCAGCUGUGCAAGUAGUAUCAGCCUCAAAGCCUGUUCCAGUACCUUGAUCAGCUAUGUUCAGGACUGAAUUUGGGUGACGUCAGGGUGAGAGGAAGGUACCCCUACAGAUAUGCAGAAGCCCCGUAAUGACAAUGCACUCUCUGCAUUUGAAGAAGGCUCAUGAACAGAAGAACAAGCUUUCAUUGCUAUUUGUGUAAAAUAUGCAUUUAUUUUAAAUAGUUAAGUAACAUCUUUACUUCAAAACAUAUUUUUGCUAUUGGAAGUUUUGUUUGUAAAGUGUACAUUCUUUAACAAAGAAUUUUUUAAUGAAUUUUUAUGCCUUGUACAAAUGGACUGGAGUAGCCAUUUCUGUUUUGUAUGCUUUUCUUACUUUUUAUCUGUAUAUUUUUGGUGUUUACGGGCACUUUGUAAGGUUUUAGUAUAGGGAGGUUUGCAUUUAAUUUUUGGUGUAAGGAAAGUCUGUUCAGGGAACAUUGUAAGUUUUACUUUGCUUAAGCACAGUAAUUCAGAUCCCAUGGAUUUAAAGGGAAAUGUUUUUUCCUUUUUCAGAAAUUAUUUUGUAACCUUACACUUUAGGGAGCAUUUUUUUAGUGGCUAUACAGUGUCUGUUAAUGUUAAUUAAAUUAAUUUAAACAUUCCA